AUGUUUGCAGCGUUUAAGGAAGUCAUUCAAGGAAGAGUGCUACCAAAGUGUUACAUUGUAGCUACAGCACGACAAGAGGUUGGGAUGGAGGUGCGAGAGUGCUGCGAUACCUUGCUAGAAAUUGAAGGUUUCACUAAAGAAGACGCCCGAGAGUUCAUUUUCAGGUAUUUCAAAGCGGAACCGCAUUUGGCCCAGAAGCUUUUAAACAAACUAGAGUCUGACAAAAACCUCCAACAGUUGACAGAAAGUCCUUUAAACACUGUACUUCUUUGUCUUCUUUGUGAGGACUCUGAUGGUAUUUUUCCAGAAAGUGGUACACAGCUGUAUCUAGAAAUGGUAGAGUGUGUUCUUAGAAGAUAUAGGAAAAAGAAAGGAUUACCAUUACCAAAUACCAAGGACGAAGACCUCACUAAAGUAUACAAAACUCAACUAAGACAGCUUGGCUCCAUCGCGUGGAACGGUCUGCUUCAUAAUAACAUGUCCCUCGAAGAAGCCGAGUUUAAAAAUUGCUCAGAAGAAUUACCUGAAUUCGGCUUCUUGUCCGUUGAGUGUAGCCCUCAAAAAGUGAGACCAUCUCUCAACUAUUCGUUUUUGCACAAAACAUUUCAGGAACUGUUUGCCGCAUUUUACCUCUGUUGCCAGGUUCUAGACAACGAAAUUUGUCCAGAAACCUUAAUUGCCGACGACAGAUAUUUUAAAGAGCUUAAACAGGUGUUUUUGUUCACAUGCGGCAUGCUAGCUUCGCAAUCGCAAGAAGCGAUAAAGACUUUCGUCUCGUGUAUUGCUAAGAAGGUAAAGGAUAACGCUACGUUCUCAGUUGCAUUGGAAUGCAUUAAAGAAUGUAAGAGUUGUACCCUCCAUCUGUUCUUAGCUCGUACUCUUGGCUCGCAUCUUCAAAUAACACAGUUGAAUUUGUCAUGGAAUGGCCUUGGUACUGGUGACUGUACUGCACUGGCGGAAGCAAUCAAACACAAUUCAACAAUUACACAGUUGAAUUUGUCAUGGAAUGGCCUUGGUACUGGUGACUGUACUGCACUGGCGGAAGCAAUCAAACACAAUUCAACAAUAACAAAGUUGGAUUUGACAUACAAUCAACUUGGUACUGGUGACUGUACUGCACUGGUGGAAGCAAUCAAACACAAUUCAACAAUUACACAGUUGGAUUUGACAUACAAUCAACUUGGUACUGGUGACUGUACUGCACUGGCGGAAGCAAUCAAACACAAUUCAACAAUAACACAGUUGGAUUUGUCAAGGAAUGGCCUUGGUACUGGUGACUGUACUGCACUGGCGGAAGCAAUCAAACACAAUUCAACAAUAACACAGUUGAACUUUGUGGUGACUGUACUGCACUGGCAGAAGCAAUCAAAACUUCAACAAUACUGGUGACUGUACUGGUGACUGGCUGCACUGGCGGAAGCAAUCAAACACAAUUCAACAAUAACACAGUUGAAUUUGUCAAGGAAUGAACUUGGUACUGGUGACUGUACUGCACUGGCGGAAGCAAUCAAACACAAUUCAACAAUAACACAGUUGAAUUUGUCAGACAAUGAACUGGUGACUGUACUGUACUGGCAAUCAAAAUCAAACAACAAUUCAACAAUACUUGCACUGGCGGAAGAAAUUGGUACUGGUGAAAUUUGUCAAGCAAUCAAACACAAUUCAACAAUAACACAGUUGGAUUUGUCAGUGAACGAACUUGGUACUGGUGACUGUACUGCACUGGCGGAAGCAAUCAAACACAAUUCAACAAUAACACAGUUGAAUUUGUCAGUGAAUGAACUUGGUACUGGUGACUGUACUGCACUGGCGGAAGCAAUCAAACACAAUUCAACAAUAACACAGUUGAAUUUGUCAAGGAAUGGACUUGGUACUGGUGACUGUACUGCACUGGCGGAAGCAAUCAAACACAAUUCAACAAUAACACAGUUGGAUUUGUCACGGAAUAAGCUUGGUACUGCUGACUGUACUGCACUGGCGGAAGCAAUCAAACACAAUUCAACAAUAACACAGUUGAAUUUGUCAUACAACAAACUUGGUACUGGUGACUGUACUGCACUGGCGGAAGCAAUCAAACACAAUUCAACAAUAACACAGUUGGAUUUGUCAAACAAUGAACUUGGUACUGGUGACUGUACUGCACUGGCGGAAGCAAUCAAACACAAUUCAACAAUAACACAGUUGAAUUUGUCAGGGAAUGGACUUGGUACUGGUGACUGUACUGCACUGGCGGAAGCAAUCAAACACAAUUCAACAAUAACACAGUUGGAUUUGUCACGGAAUAAGCUUGGUACUGCUGACUGUACUGCACUGGCGGAAGCAAUCAAACACAAUUCAACAAUAACACAGUUGAAUUUGUCAUGGAAUGAACUUGGUACUGGUGACUGUACUGCACUGGCGGAAGCAAUCAAACACAAUUCAACAAUAACACAGUUGGUGACUGUACUUUGUCAGCAAUCAAAAUUCAAAAUAACUUUUGUCAGUGACAAUAACUUGGUACUGGUGACUGUACUGCACUGGCGGAAGCAAUCAAACACAAUUCAACAAUAACACAGUUGGAUUUGUCAUUGAAUGAACUUGGUACUGGUGACUGUACUGCACUGGCGGAAGCAAUCAAACACAAUUCAACAAUAACACAGUUGAAUUUGUCACGCAAUAGACUUGGUACUGGUGACUGUACUGCACUGGCGGAAGCAAUCAAACACAAUUCAACAAUAACACAGUUGGAUUUGUCAGACAAUGAACUUGGUACUGGUGACUGUACUGCACUGGCAGAAGCAAUCAAACACAAUUCAACAAUAACACAGUUGGAUUUGUCAGACAAUGAACUUGGUACUGGUGACUGUACUGCACUGGCGGAAGCAAUCAAACACAAUUCAACAAUAACACAGUUGAAUUUGUCAUACAAUGAACUUGGUACUGGUGACUGUACUGCACUGGCGGAAGCAAUCAAACACAAUUCAAAAAUAACACAGUUGAAUUUGUCAGUGAACGAACUUGGUACUGGUGACUGUACUGCACUGGCGGAAGCAAUCAAACACAAUUCAACAAUUACACAGUUGAAUUUGAGAUACAAUGAACUUGGUAGUGGUGACUGUACUGCACUGGCAGAAGCAAUCAAACACAAUUCAACAAUAACACAGUUGAAUUUGUCAAGGAAUGGCCUUGGUACUGGUGACUGUACUGCACUGGCGGAAGCAAUCAAACACAAUUCAACAAUAACACAGUUGGAUUUGUCAUACAAUGAACUUGGUACUGGUGACUGUACUGCACUGGCGGAAGCAAUCAAACACAAUUCAACAAUAACACAGUUGAAUUUGUCAGAGAAUGAACUUGGUACUGGUGACUGUACUGCACUGGCGGAAGCAAUCAAACACAAUUCAACAAUAAACUUGGUACUGGUGACUGUACUUGGCGGAUUUGUCAAUACAAUUGAAUUUGGUACUGGUGACUGUACUGCACUGGCGGAAGCAAUCAAACACAAUUCAACAAUUACACAGUUGGAUUUGACAUACAAUCAACUUGGUACUGGUGACUGUACUGCACUGGCGGAAGCAAUCAAACACAAUUCAACAAUUACACAGUUGGAUUUGACAUACAAUCAACUUGGUACUGGUGACUGUACUGCACUGGCGGAAGCAAUCAAACACAAUUCAACAAUUACACAGUUGAAUUUGAGAUACAAUCAACUUGGUACUGGUGACUGUACUGCACUGGCGGAAGCAAUCAAACACAAUUCAACAAUUACACAGUUGGAUUUGUCAUACAAUGAACUUGGUACUGGUGACUGUACUGCACUGGCGGAAGCAAUCAAACACAAUUCAACAAUUACACAGUUGGAUUUGAGAUACAAUGAACUUGGUACUGGUGACUGUACUGCACUGGCGGAAGCAAUCAAACACAAUUCAACAAUAACACAGUUGAAUUUGUCAUGGAAUGGCCUUGGUACUGGUGACUGUACUGCACUGGCGGAAGCAAUCAAACACAAUUCAACAAUAACACAGUUGAAUUUGACAUACAAUGAACUUGGUACUGGUGACUGUACUGCACUGGCGGAAGCAAUCAAACACAAUUCAACAAUUACACAGUUGGAUUUGAGAUACAAUCAACUUGGU